AUGGCGCAUAAACUUAUUGUCCUUCGCCACGGUGAAUCGCAAUGGAACCACGAAAAUCGCUUCUGCGGCUGGAUUGACAUCCCUCUUUCAGCAAAAGGCGAACAAGAGGCACAGCACGCAGGCGAGUUGAUCAAAAAGUACAACAUCAAGCCGGACAUUAUGUACACUCUGAUGCUCCAGCGGUCGAUCAAAACGGGGAAUAUCAUAUUGGAAACGCUCGGCAGGCUGUGGAUUCCGGAAAUCAAAACAUGGCGGCUCAAUGAGCGCCACUAUGGCCUGUUUCAAGGCCGUGACAAGACAGAAGUCUUUAAUGAGUAUGGGAAAGAGAAAUUCCAGUACUAUAGACGAGACUUCCACGCAAUUCCACCUAGGCUGGAUGUGGACGAAGAUACCUCGGUGGACGAGCGGUAUGCUAACUUAGACCGGUCCGAAAUCCCAACUGGCGAGUCGCUUGAAUUAACCAUGGCACGCCUCAUUCCAUUUGUGUCCAAGGAGAUUGUUGAGCAGCUGCUCUUGACUGAAAAUAAAACCGUUUUGGUGGUGACGCAUGGAUCAAUCGUACGCAGUUUGAUCAAGCAUUUUGAUAAUGUUAGCGAUGCAGACAUCAGCAAAAUCAAUGCGCCUACAGGUGUGCCGCUUGUUUUCGAACUUGACCAAGAUGGCCACUUGGCGCGGCCACACUACUACUUGGAUGAGGAAUUGGCGAAAAAGGGCAUGGCUAAAGUGGCAAUGGAGGGUCAACAGAAGUUGUAA